AUGGACGAAUUUAUUUACACAUUUAAACCAAUUGAUUCAUCGCGAAAAAUAACUAAGCGAACUAUCUUAUCUGAUAUUGCAAAAAUUUUCGACCCUAUCGGAAUUCUGGGUCCUAUAGUAUUAGCUGCAAAAACUAUCAUUCAAGAAUGUUGGAAAUUAAAGGUCCACUGGGACGAAGCGGUCCCACAAGAGUUACAUUUACACUGGUGUAAAUUUGCUGAACAAUUACCUCUGAUUAAAGAUUUUUCCAUUGAGCGUAAUAUUUUACUUCCUAAUCCGACUGACAUACAAUUGCACGGAUUUUGUGAUGCUAGUAAAGUGGGCUAUGGUGCUUGUAUUUAUAUAAGAUCAGUAAAUGAACGCGGAGACGUACUCGUAAAAUUAGUUUGUUCUAAAUCUCGAGUUGCUCCCAUCAAAGAUGUUACAAUUCCAAAAUUAGAAUUAUGCGGAGCAUUAUUACUUGCUAAAUUAUAUAAAGACACAAUUCCCUCCUUUGACUUUGAUAUUUCUAAAGUUACGUUUUGGUCUGAUUCAACUAUUGUACUUCAAUGGCUCAAACGGUCUCCUAACUCUCUAAAGGUCUUUGAAGCAAAUCGCGUAACAAAAAUUCAAACUCUUUGCAGUAAAGUCGAAUGGCGACAUGUUAGAACUAAAGACAAUCCGGCAGAUUGUUUAUCUAGAGGUCAACUUCCUUCUGAAUUCUUAAAUAACAAAAUGUGGUUAGAAGGUCCCACGUGGCUCUCACAGGACCCUCUUAAUUGGCCUAACUUGAAGCCUGCUGUUCCUUCCGAACUUCCGGGUACUCGAAAAAUUACCUGUUUAUUAGCGACUACUGAGAAUUUGUUUAAACGAUUUUCAUCAUAUUCUAAACUUAUAAAUUCCUUUUCUUAUUGUUUACGAAUGUUAAAAAAUAAUUUAUUCAAAUACAAAUCGUUAAGCGUAGAAGAAAAAUUAUUAACUGAAACAAAAAUCUUGACUCUGAUUCAAAACGAACAAUAUCAUUAUGAAAUCAAACAAAUUAAGGAAACCGGAGAGACUAAGAACUUACGAUUGCGAUGUCUCAAUCCAUUUAUUGAUUCAAACGAAUUACUAAGAGUAGGAGGUCGUUUGAAACAUGCUCCUAUAUCUUUUUCAAAGAAACAUCCUAUUUUAUUACCUUCACGUCAUUAUGUUACUGAUUUAAUUAUUAGAGAAACACAUGAAAAAUUAUACUAUUCAGGUAUACAGAGUACACUUUCAAAUCUUAGACACAAAUUUUGGCUGCUAGACGGUAAAAACCAGAUUCGUAAAAUUGUAAAAAAUUAUGUCACAUGCAUUCGACAUCAGCCUGUAGUACUGCAAGGUAAAAUGGCUAAUUUACCUAGCUCUCGAGUCACCGAAUCAGCGGCAUUCUCCCACGUAGGUGUAGACUACUUUGGACCGCUCUUUAUUAAAGAACGUAAAUUCAGAAACAGAACAAAAAUUAAAGUCUAUGGAUGCGUCUUUGUUUGCAUGGCUACUAAAGCUGUACAUUUAGAAAUUGCUAGCGAUUUAAUAACAGAAGGUUUUCUCGGGGCAUUUGGUCGAUUCAUUGGUCGACGAGGAGUUCCAACUCACGUCUAUUCGGACAAUGGUACUAAUUUUGUAGGCGCAAAUAAUCAAGUGAGAGAAUUGUAUAUGUUAUUUAAUUCAAAAUCCCAUCAAAAUUCCGUUAACGAAUAUGCUAUACGCAAAAACAUUAUCUGGACGUUCAAUCCUCCACUAUCUCCUCAUUUUGGUGGCAUUUGGGAAGCAGCUGUAAAAUCUUUCAAACACCACUUUAAACGAGUGGUAAAGGACCAACUUCUCACUUUCGACGAAUUGAAUUCUCUAACUAUUCAAAUAGAAUCUAUACUAAAUUCUCGUCCUCUCUGUUCUCUAUCUAGUGAUCCUAAUGAUCCUAUUGCCUUAACGCCUGCUCAUAUUUUAAUAGGACGUCCUCUCACAAUGCUGCCUGACAAUGAUUUUUCUGAUGUUCCAGAUAAUAGACUCAAUGUUUGGCAAUUCAUUGUCAAGGCUAGAUAA